UAUCUGUCAAAACAUAAAAUAAUUUGUAGUUUUCACGAAUGAAGAUUCUUUCGUAUUAUUUAACAAAAUUUAAGACUCCCUUUCUACUUUCUAACCAAAUUAAAUUGUUAACGUCUGAGCCGAAACUACUAAGACCAGCCAGAAGGAUGUCAACCGCAUCGUUAGAAGCCGUACCAAAGGUGGACAUAGAUCCUACCGGUGUAUUUAAAUACAUUUUGGUCAAAGUGUAUGAUAAGGCACAAAACAAUCAAGAGCCCUCCAUCACAAUCGUAAGAGGCUACCAAAGGUGCAACUACCAUUCGGAUAUCUAUGAUGAGGUCCAAGAAAAGCUUCAACCACUAGAUUGUGAACCUUUGGGAGGAGGCAGGAUAUCUCAUGAGCCUGAUAAUAAGAAGAUUCAUAUUUAUGGCUACUCACAAGGCUAUGGCAAAGCGGACCAUGAAGAAACUGCCAAACUUAUCAAGGAUUCUUACCCUUCAUACACCAUUACAAUUAGUGAUGAAGGGUACUGAGGCAUGAACCCUGUUACUUCUAUUGUUUGCUACAUUUAUUAAAUAAAAAUCUCUCAAAUCU